CAGACGUUAGAAGGGCGGGUCCACCGACUGUCAUGGCGGCCUUUGUAAGUGGGGCUUGACUUUCCAUAUCGUGUCAACUGGACCUCCAACUUUUUAUUGACUUUCGUUAAAGGACUUUUGCAUCGAGAACUAUUAACAUGGGGACUGUCCACGCACGGGCUCUGGACCCUAUGCCGAUGCAUGGUCCUGAACUCGGUGUCCAGGCAGAUGACAUUGAUUUGCCAGAGCCUGAGCAAGAAGCCAAACAAGAAGUUCUCGAAAACAAAGAUAUUGUUGUCCAAAGGGUGCAUGUAGAUGGUCUUGGUCGCACUAAGGAAGACCUUCUCACAUAUGAAAUCGCAGAUGUCUUUAAGGCUAGGAACUUGAUUGAUGUCAUGAAGAAGUCCCAUGAAGCCAGACAGAAACUUCUGCGACUGGGAAUAUUCAGAAAGGUUGAAGUUGUUAUCGACACAUCUCAGGGUGUUGAUGCAUUGCCGAAUGGGCUGGAUGUGACGUUUGAAGUGAAGGAGCUGAGGCGGAUGACUGGCAGCUACAACACCAUGGUCGGAAACAAUGAAGGAAGCAUGGUACUCGGUCUUAAACUUCCAAAUAUUUUUGGGCGGGCAGAAAAAGUCACCUUCCAGUUCUCUUAUGGUACAAAAGAGACGUCUUACGGCCUGUCAUUCUUUAAGCCCCAGCCAGGACACUUUGAGCGCAAUUUCUCCAUCAAUGCAUAUAAAGUCACUGGCCAGUUCCCGUGGAGUUCACUCAGAGAGACUGAUAGAGGGAUCUCUACAGAAGUCAGUUUUCCCAUCUGGUGGACCAAUCACACUCUGAAGUGGGAGGGAGUGUGGAGAGAACUGGGCUGUCUGGCUCGCACUGCCUCCUUUGCUGUCCGUGAGGAGAGUGGCCACUCGCUAAAAUCCUCCCUCUCGCAUGCCAUGGUCAUUGACACACGAAACUCCUCUAUUCUUCCAAGAAAGGGUGCCUUACUCAAAAUUAAUCAGGAGCUGGCUGGGUACACAGGUGGAGAUGUGAGCUACCUUAAGGAGGACUUUGAAAUCCAGCUCAACAGACGUCUCCCCUUCGAUUCGAUCCUGUCUACCUCCUUCUGGGGUGGUAUGCUCCUGCCUAUUGGAGAGAAGCCCACCAGCAUUGCUGACAGAUUCUAUCUGGGUGGCCCCACAAGUGUAAGAGGUUUCAGUAUGUACAGCAUCGGGCCACAGAGUGAAGGCGACUAUCUUGGUGGAGAAGCGUAUUGGGCAGGAGGGGUCCACAUGUACACGCCACUCCCUUUUCGCCCGGGCAGAGGAGGCUUUGGCGACCUGUUCAGGACCCAUUUCUUCCUGAAUGCUGGGAAUUUGUGUAACCUAAACUAUGGUGAGGGCCCACGGGCACACCUGAAGAAAUUGGCUGAGUGUAUCCGCUGGUCCUAUGGAGCAGGUAUCGUCUUGCGCCUUGGGAACAUCGCUCGCCUGGAACUGAACUAUUGCAUUCCCAUGGGUGUCCAGAGUGGAGACAGGAUAUGUGACGGUGUCCAGUUCGGAGCAGGCAUUCGAUUCUUGUGAGGCAGGACCUGUGGUCCAGUAGUCUUGCGCAUAGACAUUGGAAUGAAACAUUUUUUUCUGAUGGCUGGAAGAUUCCAGAAGGAUUUCAUAGCACUUACAGGUUUCACAAAUCGAUCAAACCUGGCGUCAUGGCCCAGUUAAAAAAUGAAGUAGGGUGAGACUGCAGCAGUUGAGGGGGCCAGGACCUUCAGUCCAGGAGUACCGCUCUUGCUCACUGUGUUUGGAAGCUUCUGCAGGAGAGAUAUCAGCCAUCAGUGCUCUUAAGUCAAAAUAUUUAUUUGUAAUAUGAAUGUAAUUCAAUAAAUAAUUCCCCAAUCCCCCAUCCUA